UUGAGUGGCGUCCAAAGUGAUUUUAGAAAUUUGGUUGUUAUGUAAAAAGUCAUUUUCGGUGUUAUAUCCACCCGCACCCCUCUCCGCCACCCCCCUUUAAAUUUGUAUUAUUAUUAAUUUUUGAUUUUAUAAUAAAUUUAUCAUAUUAAGAAAUAAAUAAAAAUGCAUUGUUUCGUAAUUAAUUAAUUUCAAACUUCAAAGUUGUUGUUUUGUUUGUUUUUAUAAAAUCUUUUUACACACACUGACACAGCUAACAAGCCAGCUAGAUAAACAUUAGUGCAACAGGCAGCAUGUGGGACUUCAUCCUUGAACUAGCAGGUGGAUGUGAAAAGCGGUUGAUAAAUUAUAUUUCCUACAUAAUGAUCAUUGCCGCUAUUUUUAGCAGUGCUGUAUUGCAAGUUAUAAAUGUACCAUAUGGUCGGUAUUCAAGAUGUGGAUGGGGCAUUUUAUUGGAUGCCAGAAUUGCAUGGCUCAUUCAAGAACUUCCAUCCUUGGUCAUACCAAUUUAUCUAAUGUGCUUUACACAAUGUCUACAGCUUUACCAGACGCCAAAUCAAAUUCUUCUUGCUCUGUUACUCAUACACUAUACUCAAAGGACUUUAAUCUAUCCUCUGUUAAUUAAUGGAGGCAAACCAACAUCAUUUGUUGUAUUUGUGAUGGCCUUAGGUUUUUGUUCAGUUAAUGGAUAUCUACAAAGUGCUCAUUUAUUUCGAUGGGCCAUCUUUGGACCAGAUGAGAUUUUUAGAGCUCAUUUUAUUUUAGGUGUGAUAACAUUCUUUAUUGGGAUGAUCAUCAACAUCCACUCAGAUUCCAUUUUAAGAAAUUUGAGAAAACCAGGAGAAAAAGAUUACAAAAUACCUAAAGGUGGCAUGUUCAAUCACGUAUCUGGAGCCAAUUUUUUUGGCGAGAUUUUGGAGUGGUGGGGAUUUGCUUUGGCUGCUUCCAGUCUUCCAGCUCUUGCAUUUGCCAUCUUCACAACCUGCAACAUUGGACCAAGGGCCUGUCAGCACCAUAGAUGGUACCUUGAAAAGUUUGAAGAUUACCCUAAGUCAAGGAAGGCAUUAAUUCCAUUUAUUCUUUAGAAGAUUCUGGUCUCCAUGGUAACAAGCAUCGUCCUUGUUUACUUAUGCCUUAUGUCUUGUGAUGGGGAAUAAUGAGUUUUAUUUUUUUAUUGAAGUGAACAUAAAACGUUACAUUCUGCAUUUUAUGUGACUACUUGUUCAGAUGUGCCAAUAUAAAUAAAUGUCUCUACAUGGUCAGAUGUGACUAUAAAUGGUCAGAUGUGACUAUUCAUAUACUACUAUGUACAGAUGAUCAGAUGUGACAAUAGGUAUGAAUGUAUGUAUUGUUGCGACUGUGUGUACAUAUGUAACUAUAAUUAUGUACAGCUGUAACUAACCGAACAUUAAAAGAAACAGAAAUAUCAUUUUUAGCUGUAACAAUGUUAGUAUAUUACAUUAAAUUUUUUAAAGAAGAGAUUAAGACUUAUUGGUAUUCAGGAGUUUUACAGGUCGAUAUACUGUUUAUCACAUCACAGAAUUGAACAUCUGUUAUCAAUUUAACCUACAGACAAACAAUAACCGUGAUUUGCAUUUAUUGUGGUCUCCAGUAUACAAGUAAAGAAUCUGAUGUAAUUAGAUGUGACUGUGUACAGAUGUAACUACAUGUAUACGUACAGGGGAAAAUAAGUUAUAUUUGCUUAAUGGUAACUCAAACAAUAGGCACACAGGCUCACAUUAACCGAAAAUGCCUGAAUCUGGAUAACAAUAUUUAUUCAUAUUACCGGUAGUAUUAUGCCAAACGGUUAUAUAUACGGUUGCAAACUAAUCACUACACAUUUUUACAUGGAUUACAAUUAAUAUUGUGGUUAGAAUGAUGAAAAUACAUGGUUAAAAGGUUUCAGUCAGCUUUUUUUGUCUAAAUAUCUCGAUCUCUUUUGCCCGAAUUUGAAGAUUUGAUCAAUAAUAGUUGUAUUAAUUGAGGACUCUGUACUUUACAUUGUUAUGUUAUUGUAUUAGAUUAUUGUACUGCAACAUUAUAUUGUUAUUAAAUAUAUUUUGUUUA